AUGCGCAAGGUCAUUGAUGACCUAACUGGCAAUGCUGCUGCCUUCGCCAUGAGCUGCUUCACCACAAGCCGCGAGGAGUUCGAAAGGUUCCUGAUAGGUACGAAGUACUAUCACACAGCAGCUCGGAGACGUUGGAAUUAUCUUAUGCCAAAGCCCUUCUUUCGAUAUCUGAGUCAAGCUAAUCAAUUGGGUAAGGGCUCUUUGUUUGGCGUACCUACCGAAGUGAUUGCAAUUGCUGGUAAGGAACUCUAUGUCGAUCCGGCCGUGCAUGAGCAGUUUAAAAAGUUCGCGCGCAAGUGGCUGGACAUCUACGCCCAGAGUGACGAGAUCAUCAAUCGCCUGAACAGCACGCGUAUGGCGACGCUGCAGCAGAGAAGCUCGGAGCUGAAGGAGCAGUGCAUUGCUGGCCAGGAGUUCGUCCAGGAUGCUCUCUGCAUCCUGGAUAACCCACGGACCAUCUCGGGCUCGGGCGUAUCCAGCUCCUUCAUGAUUUCCAACGACCCCAGCCGCAAGUGCGGCAUCUCAUGGAUUCGAUGGGGAUGCACAGGCCUUGGGCUACAGGUGGAAAGGACCAGAGACAGAGACUUCUUUCGGCCGGAGUGGCCGCGAACAAUUGGCUUCUGCUGUGUCUCCGUGACAGUGUUGUCGGCAAGGCAUCAACUGUUCAUCCUGCUUCUCCUGUUUGACAUUCUCAUGAUUGUCUACGAGGCGAUAGCCUACAGGCCGUGGCUCAUGGCCGUGUUCAUUGCAAAUGAGGUCUGCGUCGUUGCCAUCCUGAUCUGCUUCGAGCAGAUCGACGAGAUUGCGCAGCUGCAAAGGCAGCAGCAGAGAUACCGAGAAAGACGGGAGAGGCUGGCUGCAAAGGCUCAGAAGGCCCGCAAUGAUUGGACGAAGGUCCAGAGGCUUUUUGACCUGUGGAACUACAGGACGCAACCCUUCCUCCGAAUCAUGGGGAAGCUCCAUCGCACGCUGGAGGGCCUGGAUAGGGACGCCUGCAUGCCGCGCAUGAAGGAUGCGGAAGCUAGACGCCCAUCCACAAUUGCAAGGGAUGCGCAGCGGCUGCAGUGGUUGCAGGACACCAAUGAGCGAAUCAGCGAUCUGGAUGCACGCCUCGAGGGUGUCGAUUGGGCCAGCGAGGACCCUCUGCAACACGAGACAAGGAGGCGGUUGGGCCUGCUACUCCAGGAUGCAGAGAGGAGCGGCGACGUGUUGGAGUGGUUUCGGAGACGAACGACCUCAGACUUCGCAAUGUGUGACGGCUGA